AUGGGGUGCUGCCCUGGGGACUGCUUCACCUGUUGCGCUCAGGACCAGAACUGCUGUGAGGAGUGCUGCUGCCAGCCGGCCUGCUGUGGGUCCUGCUGCGGCUGCUGCGGGCCCUGCUGCGCGUCCUGCUGUGGCUGUGGGGGCUCCGGCUGCGGGGGCUCCGGCUGCGGGGGCUCCGGCUGUGGGGGCUCUGGCUGCGGAUCGAGCUGCUGUGGCUGCGGGGGAGGCUGUGGAGGCUGUGGAGGCAGCUGCUGUGGAUCAAGCUGCUGUGGGUCCGGGUGCUGUGGGCCUGUGUGCUGCCAGCCCACACCUGUGUGCGACACAAAAUGA